GCCCCCGGGCCAGCCAUGUACGAGCGCAUGUCCCGGGCCCUGGCCAAGCUGGGCCACAAGCGGACCCCGUCCCAGUGCCAGGAGCGCAUCAAGCUGCUGGAGUCAGAUGGCAGCACUAUGGAGGACUAUUCACAGGAGGACUGGGGAAACCACAGUCAGGAUCUCCAUGGCUAUCCAACAGAUCAGGAAUUGGAUGAAAUACCUGUCACAAAUAGAACAUUAAAAAUAAAACAAGAGUCUUCUAAGGAAGCACAGAGGAGAGACACCAUGCAGAAUAUUGUACAGAUUUUGGAAUCGGUACAGUUGAAAUGGGAACUUUUUCAGAACUGGACAGACUUUUCAAGGCUCCAUCUUUCUAAUAAACUGGCCAUUUUUGGAAUUGGUUAUAACACCCGUUGGAAAAAGGAUAUCCGUUACCAUUAUGCUGAGAUCAGCUCCCAGGUGCCCCUUGGCAGGCGACUUCGGGAGUACUUCAACUCUGAGAAGUCUGAAGGACGGAUCAUUAUGACCCGAGUGCAGAAAAUGAACUGGAAAAAUAUUUACUACAUAUUUUUAGAGAUUAGCAAAGCUAGGUGCUUGGAGCUGCACAUGGAAAUUGACUGGAUACCCAUUGCCCAUUCCAAACCAACUGGUGGGAAUGUUGUUCAAUAUUUAUUGCGGGGUAUUCCUAAAAGCCUAGGCCUUUAUGCCAUUGGCUAUGAAGAAUGUAUUGAGAGGCCCCUCUCACCACACGUGGAGCAACCUUCCCUGGACCCAGGAAAAGAGGGCCGGGUUGAUCUGAGAACUCUUUCAGCACAAGCCUCAUUACAGGUGGAAAUAGAACCCACCCGAAUUAUCUAUUGCUACCUCUGGAUUUUUGAGGUCAGGACUCUGCAGCAGUGCUUAUUUUUACAUUUCCAAGUGAAUACCAAAACCUUCAGCAAAGAUUUGGUUGGUACUAAUGGGUUUUUGUCUCAGAACUGUAUUGUGGAUCCCGGAGUUUCCCCCAAAUCCAUCUACAUCAAAUUUGUAGAAGUAGAGAGGGAUUUUCUUUCUGCAGGCUCUUUAGUUGAGUGCCUGGAAAAAGCCAUUGGAUACCCCUUAAAAUUUAACAACUGAAUGUCAUCCUUCAUAAGGAUUUGGGCUCUUAGCU